CCGGGUAGUAUUAUGAAAAUAUUGGGGGCGGGAGAGCGAAACCGCUGUGUCGUGUUCGUGGUUUUGGUUUGGUUUCCGAUAUUCCAAAAGGAAAAUUUCAAUGGAAAUAGAAGAGGUCACCUUCCUUUAUCUUCCUUUUCUUCUCUGGUUUUCCUUUCUUGGAGAUUUCCAUGGCCCCUGGUUUUCCUCUCCCACUAUUGCUAUAUAACCUACAUUCUCUUUCCAUUUCCCUCGAUCUAAUCCACCACUACUACUACCUACCUCAACUUGCUACUAACAGAUCUGUGAAUAAGGAGAUUUUGAUCUGUGAAAAGAAGAGUUUUUGGUAAUGACGACGGAGGUUGGAAUGGUUGAAAUGAAGAAGAGAAACAGAGUUGAGUGUUUGAGUAAAAUUACGAAGAAUAAGAGAUGGAAGACGAUGAAUAAUCGCCAUCGCGUACCACCACCACCACCGGCGGAGGCAAUGGUGCUUCAGAAACUUUUCGAAUCUUGCAAAGAGGUCUUCAAAGGUCCUGGCACGGUUCCUCCACCUCAAGAUGUGCAGAAGCUGCGGAAAAUUCUCGACAGUAUGGAGCCAGAAGAUGUUGGGCUAAGCAAAGAUCUUUUCUUUAAACCUAAAAGUGUUCCAGAAGGGACUCCCAGUAUCACAUGUACAACUAUAUACGAGUGCAAAAAUUUCUCGCUGUGUAUUUUCUUUCUUCCCCCCACAGCAGUAAUCCCACUCCAUAACCACCCAGGCAUGACUGUUUUCAGCAAGCUUCUGUUAGGAUCAAUGCACAUCAAGGCAUAUGAUUGGGCUGAUCCUGGGAAGUCUGAGAGUUCCAUUCCCUCUUUGAAUGUGAGACUGGCAAGAUUGAAGGCCAAUAGUGUGUUCACAGCCCCAUGCAACACAUCUGUGCUCUACCCCACAUCUGGAGGAAACAUUCAUGCCUUCACCGCAGUUACAACGUGUGCAGUACUUGAUGUACUUGGACCUCCUUAUUCUGAAGAAGAUGGCCGAGACUGUACAUACUAUAGGGACAUGCCCUUCUCUACUGGGUCAUCCGAUGGCAGUGCAGGGGAACCCAAAGAGGGAGAUGGCUGUUAUGGAUGGUUGGAAGAUAUUGAGAUGCCAAAGGACUUAAAAAUGGAAAGGGUUCAAUAUUUGGGCCCACAGAUCAUUGAUACUGUUUGUUAGCUUAUGUAUCUUCGAUCUCACCUGUUUUCCAGUGGAUGUAGAAGCCUUCUUUCGGUAGUCGACCAGUCCACGUUUUUCUUUUUCCUCAUCUUCUUCUUUUGGGCGAUCUAUAGUUUUGAGAUUCCAACAAGAGUGAGUUGGAGGUCCCUUUUAUUUGUAAUCUUCUUUUCUUCUUAUGAUAGCUUUUCUGUGCAGUUUCUUCAA